UGGUAAAUUCUUCACUGCUGUAGGCAACCUAGGUCGCCCCGCCUCCUCCUCCCCCCCAGGCUCCCCUCCUUCUUAUGGAACACCUGAAAGCAGGUGAGGGAGGAGGAAGCUGUAAUUGUGUGACUCCAGAUGAAAUGCUUCACACAGCUCAUCUCAGAGAGACGCUCACGGUCCAGACGCAGACUGCAUUGUCUUCUGCUCCACGCGUUCGCUAAAAGAAGCCCUCCAGCAGUUCCUGCACUAUAAGUCCAGCCCAGACGAUGGCCACCAUCACCUUUUGCAAGUUCCACUUCCAGAGCUGCUUUAUACUGUUGCUGUCCAUAACCUUCACUGUGUCCGUCACGCUCUAUAUGUCCAACGUCCCCCUUGAGUCAUCCAAAGUAUGGGUCAGCAAUGUUGCCAACCAGAUCCACUCUUAUUACAAGUCAAUCAAGGAACCAAUACCCAAAAAUGACACACUUCUAAAUUUGUCCCCUCCCUCAUCCACACGUGCCACACAUCCGCCUAUAAUUACGAUGAACAGACAUAAUGUGAAAGAUGUGGUCAAUGAGGAGUCCACAACUGCUGACCUGUUGAAAGAGAGGUCGCCGAUCCUUUACCACGAAGCGUACCCAGGCAACUACCACUACAUCAUAGACGAGCCCCUUAAGUGUGAACAAGAGAACCCGUUUCUGGUCCUCAUGGUCCCAGUGGCUCCACACGAACUGGAGGCUCGCAACGCCAUCCGGAGCACAUGGGGUAAUGAGAGCGUGGUCCGAAACAAGACCAUCACUGUGAUCUUCUUGCUGGGUCUGCCUAGAAAUAAGGCUGAGAAAAAACAGGAGGAACUGAAGCUGGAAAGCCAGCAGUACCACGAUGUGGUCCUGAGCGACUUUAUAGACACCUACCUCAACUUGACGAUAAAGACCACGGUAAUCAUGGACUGGCUGGCCACACGUUGUUCCAAGGCAUCCUACGCCAUGAAGGUCGACUCCGACAUGUUCUUGAAUCUGGAGAACUUGAUGAGCUUGUUGCUGUCACCUGCUACGCCUAAAGAAAACUACAUGACAGGGAUGGUUAUGUGGAACCGGCCGGUUGUCCGGGACAAGAACUCCAAGUGGUAUGUGCCAAAGGAAUUAUACGCUGAAGACUACUACCCAACAUACCUGCUGGGGAUGGGUUAUGUCUUCUCCAAUGACCUUCCAAAGAAGAUUGUUGAGGCCUCCAAAGAAAUAACACCGUUUAACAUAGAGGAUGCAUACGUGGGUGCCUGUCUGAAAAAAUUAGGAAUUUCACCUUCGAACCCUCCAAAUCCCUCCCAGUUUAAGGCCUAUUUUGGUGGGGAGUAUAAUCGAGAAGACUUUGCCAAGGUGAUCACCACCAUCCUUCACUCCCCACAGCAGCUGAUCACAUUCUGGCAGAACUUUAAGAGGCCUACAUGAAGGACUUGGAGGGAAAGGACUCAGAACUCAUGAUAUUUGUCACAGGGUCACCUUCCAUUGUUUCUUAAAAUGCUUUUGCAUUGUCUGUAUGGGAAAAGGCUCUUGACAUAGGACUGUGAAUGACUGACACAUUUGGGGAAGUAUUUAUUUUGCUUUUAUGGUGAACAUGCUUAUGGGUGCUCUGAAAGACAUGAAAUGGGAAUUUGGGUGUUAUAACAGUGGAACCAAGAUGAACUGGAACAACAGAACCAAAGAGGUCUCUAUCAUGUCACUCGAUAUCUUGUGAAAUGAACAUUUAGAAUUUGAUGUUUAACAUAUUUUUUAAAAAUGGGAAUAUUUAUAGAAUUUUUUUAUUAUUUACAUUUUGGAUGGAUUUUACCUUUACUUACUGUAUCUUCCCUCAGUUUAAUCAGAAUUGAUUCCUAGUGCAGUAAGUCUCUCCUCAAACCAACAGCACUACCAGUCAAAACGGUGAGCACAGAAAUUGCACUGGCACUUUUCUGUUUCUUCCACCGUGAUGAACACAAAAAAGCUCUCAAGUUGUAUUUCUGCGUUUCCAGCUCUCAUGUUGUUUUCAAGUCUGAUCUAUGCUACGAAAGGUUCUUGGAGCAAUGCCAUAGAAUGACCACUUCUGAUUCUCUAAAUAAACAUGCUUGAAAA